AUGGCAGGCAUCAAACGUGUAGUUCCAUUGCUCAAUAGAGUUCUUAUACAGAAGCUAGAGGCACCUAAAAAAACUGCUGGAGGAAUUUUCCUUCCUGAUACUAAAGAGCAAGAUCUUGUUAUGGGGAAAGUGUUAGCAAUAGGGCCUGGGAUAAAAAAUGUGGAUGGACAACUAAGACAAUGCCUUGUAAACGAGGGGCAAACUGUGCUUCUUCCGAGCUACGGCGGACAAGUCGUCUUUGUUAACGAAGAAAAGCUUUAUAUAUACAAAGACACUGAAUUGGUAGGAAUCUUAAACUAUACCUUGCUGAAAUGUUUAAGUAGUUCCUAUGAUUCAGCCAUAUUAAAUUCCAGUAUAAAUUGGUUUGGGUUUUUAUAAAACCAUUUUAAGGCUAAUUAUUAAGCCAUAA